CACAACUCCUCCUCCCCCUGCAUCAUCACAGCCCCGCUCUCACCAUCACACACUCACGCAAUACUCCCGUGAAUAAGCUGACUUGUUGGAAAUGCUUGAGGAUCUUAACAUUUGCCCGACUGCACGCCGUCUGUAACAUCAGCGAGAAUCAAAGAAAAGUGAAGGCGCAACAAGAAAAAAAAAAAAAAAAAAAAGCCCCAAUCUGAACAGACGCGGGGCAGGAUCGCUGAUUGGAACCAGUCCACUUCACUGGAGGUCACACUGUGGCAGGACUUUCCUUGGCUGAAGGGCACAAGCUGCCAUGCCGUUUGGUUGUCUCACACUCGGGGAGAAGAAGGAUUACAACAGUCCCACGGAGGUGACUGACAAAUAUGACCUUGGACAAGUUGUUAAGUCGGAGGAGUUUUGUGAGAUAUUUCGAGCCAAGGACAGGAACACCUUGAAAAUGUACACAUGUAAAAAGUUUAACAAAAAAGAUGGACGAAAAGUGAGGAAAGCUGCAAAGAAUGAGAUAAUGAUCUUGAAGAUGGUAAGACACCACAACAUCCUUCAGCUGGUUGAUGCAUUUGAAACUAAGAAAGAGUACUUCAUUUUUCUGGAGCUCGCUACAGGAAGGGAGGUCUUUGAUUGGAUCUUGGAUCAAGGUUACUACUCAGAGCGGGACACCAGCAAUGUUAUGAGGCAGGUGCUGGAGGCCAUAGCUUACCUGCACUCACUGAAAAUUGUCCACAGAAACCUCAAGCUGGAGAACUUGGUGUACUAUAAUCGUUUGAAGCACUCCAAAAUUGUUAUCAGUGACUUUCAGUUGGCAAAACUGGAAAUUGGACUCAUUAAGGAUCCGUGUGGGACUCCAGAAUACCUUGCUCCUGAAGUGGUUGGAAGACAGAGAUACGGACGACCUGUGGACUGCUGGGCCAUCGGUGUCAUCAUGUAUAUACUUUUAUCAGGGAACCCUCCUUUCUACGAUGAUUCUGAUGAAGAAGAUCCGGAUAGCCGUGACAAAAAUCUUUUUCUAAAGAUUUUAUCUGGGGACUAUGAAUUUGAUUCUCCAUACUGGGAUGAUAUUUCUGAUUCUGCCAAAACCUUGGUGGCAUCUUUGAUGGAUGUCGACCAAGAUCAGCGAUUGACAGCUCAGGAAGCUAUAGCCCAUGAAUGGAUUUCUGGAAACGCAGCCUCAGACAAGAACAUAAAAGAUGGAGUUUGUGCCCAAAUUGAAAAGAACUUUGCCAAAGCAAAAUGGAAGAAAGCUGUAAGGGUGACUACCCUCAUGAAACGGCUUCGAGGGCCUGAUCAGGGUGACUCAGGGGCUGCAGGCACUGCUGCUGGGGCAGCACCUGAUGCCAACACACCUGGAAGUGACCCUGCUCCUCCAUCUGGUGGCAGCAUCAUGGCCGCCACUAUUAAAGUUGCUCUUAAAGAAAAGGCCUUGGACACACAGACUGCAACCAUCCCUGCACAAUCCCUGCAGCCUGCAGCCCAACAGGAGGAGCAGCAGCAGUCACGGUGCAAUGGCGAUGCUCUGCAAAUGGUGCCACAAAGAAAAGGAGACUAAGCCAAUUGAUACACUAAGGGGACCCAUGGUAAGACAUGGGCCAACAAGCACAUGUAAAACUAAAACAUUUGGCAUCAUGAGUAUGUGUCUGUGCUGUCUGACAAUCACGGUUUGCAAACUUUUCAUCUUUUGCCUUUUGUACUGGUUGAUUAUUAGUGUUCUCCACCUUCCUUUUUCCUUUUGUUAUUUUGUGUAUAGGUCUCUUAAAAAGAUUGUUUCAAAGUAGCUCUUUGAUUGUUUCCCUUUCCUUAAGAACUGUAAAAAAUAUUCAGGUAAUACAUUGCUCAUUGUGAAGUUUAGUAAAAUAAGCCAUUGUUAUCCAUAGCCUCAUUGUAUAUACGUGUAUUUGUCACAAAAAAUUGCUACUUUUUAGCUUUAGAACUUACAAGCCUGAGUUUGUGACUUAAAAUUAUAAGUUUAACAAUUUGGUCUUUGAUCACAUUACAAGUGUUUUCAAAGUAAAUAGAUAAAACUGUUUACUUUUUGAGCAUAUUUGAGUGAUGCGUUUCUAAAAUGGAAUUAGACCAAACGACCAUCUUUUUAAGUGCAUAAUCUGAACUGUAGGAUAGGUUGAUAUAUAGAAAAUUACAUCUUAGAGCUGUACAAUAUAGAUGCUAAAGUAUUUUUAAUGAAAUGCUAAAUAACUGAAAAGGUGAAUUUAGUAACUAGAUACCUACACAUUUAGUGCUGUAGCACAGCUUAAAAUUUUAAGGCAGCAAGAAUGCACAUUUUUAAGUUAAAGUGCCUUAUCAUUUGUUGCAGUCAUGUUUCUUGACUUGAUUUAAAAUAUUUUUUGAAUUAACUAAAAUAUUCAAAUUGAUUCAUUGACUUCCGUUUAGGUCUUUGGAUUCUUGUGUUUCGUCCUCUUUCAGUGCUUAAUUUAUUGCAAACAAAAAGCAAACAAAAAUUGUUUAGGAUGUUCUGUGUAAUGUGAUAUUUUCGCUGUUGCUGUGUUGUAACCUGUAAUUACUAAAUAAAGAUUAUAUUGUAAAGCCAA